AAUAAUGAUAAUAAUUUACUUAGUUAAAAGUACAUACAUACUAACAUUAGGAUACAAGAACAAUGGAGAAUUCCUAAGGAAGACAAUGCCUAAAGCCACUAAUUCGUAGAGCAUUUUGGGCAUAAUGUGGAACAAAGCAGUGAACAAUAUAGAAGCCCAUUGGGGGGUAAUUUAAAACUAAAUGAGAUCACAAACAUUAAUGAAUUGAAGUUGAAAAAUAUUAAGACACGCGUAUCUAUCAGGAAAAUUUACACGCCAUCACUACCAAGAAUCUCAGUCGAUUAAGGCAGUGUCUGGGAUGCUCCCGGACGCAGGUUCGAAUCCUUGUCACGGCCCUGGUGGAUUUGCUUACCAACAACCAUUGCAACAAACAACCCCCCACUACCAAAACAACCACCACUAGCAUCAACCACCAACUAGUAAUGAGUUUGAUGGUUGUAGUGCGACUGUGGUGCCUAAUAGGCACUCUACUCAUUACAACUCGGCUAAUAAUAGGCACUCGGCACCCACUCGUCAGAGACAGCUUCCCCAUCAAGUGGAGAAUGAUCGCAGAGGAUCGCUCGCUACACCCGGUUAACAUGACGGCCUUACGUGUCAUGCAAGACCUGGAGGCGGCCAUGUUUCAGGUCCGCGUUGAGAUCAACAAACACACCAUUCAGGUCUACAGAGACACAACUAUGGUGUACGAGAAGCAGGGUGUGACGCCGCAGGGGUCCCCGGGCCACGCCGGGGUGCACGUGGUGGUCCUGGAGGCAGCUGGGGGCGGCGGCGGCCACGCCCUACUCUCCAGACACUUCCUCACACACCAGCCGGCCGAGCACCGCAACCUGGCCUCCUGCCUCCUCUCCCUCAUGCCCGGCCGAGUCCUCGUCGUCGCUGCCGUGCCGGACGCGGUAACCUUCCUGGGCCAAGAGGCGGUGCAGGAACUGGAAGUAAUGGGUUCCUCUAUGAUCCGCAACCUGGCCACCUUCGAGGCCUGGGCUAUGGUGGCCACCACCCCGACCUCUCCCGCAGUACCUUCCGCCCUCCACACGUCCAUGGUCGCCAACCUCUCCUCCGACGCCUACGUUUUAUCCACUAAUCACCAUCGCCCGCAAUUAUCCACCAACAAUGAGCAGAUGUGGCGAGGGCGGGUGUGGGCCGAGGCUGCUGCCAUUAUCCACACACCUGACAGCUUUGUGAGUGGACCACUACACCUGCACACACAUGUGCCUAGUACACAAGGCGUGUGGUGCAGCUGGCAUGAGGACCCGACGAUGCAAGAGCAACGGGACUUCUGCAACACCUACGACGGCUACCGGACGUUGUGUUCCUGCAGCCUGCCUCUCACACCCUCCCUCAGGCACUCUGCCCCGGAGAUCAAGAUGAAUGAGGUCAUACCAGUGGCCAUGCUCACUGCUGUUAAGCCCUUCAAUUUCUACAGGCAGCUGGUGAACCUGCUGGGGACGCCCGGGGCCGCCCAGACGCCCAUCCUGGUGCUGGUAGACGGCCCCAACACUGAGAUCAUCAGGCUGGCUCGUCUCUUUGGGCUGGAGGUGUUGGUGCACCAGCCCCAGGGUGAGCCAGGCUCCGCUACGCUUCUCAACAUGCACUUCAGGUUCUCCGUCCACAAUGUCUUCAAUUACUUCCCCGAGGUGGACAAGGCCAUCAUCUUGGAGGACGACCUCCUGCUCUCACCUGACUUCCUCUCUUUCUUCCAGCAGACAGCCUGGCUGCUGGACGCCGACCCGACCAUCUUCUGCGUGAAUGCCUUCUCCGUCAACAGUUACCCAGAGGUGGCUCACGACCCGACGGUCCUGCGCCGCUUGGACAUGUUUCCUCAGUUCGGCUGGAUGGUCACCCGUCGCUGGGCCAGAGACCAGUACCAGGCUUGGAUUCCUGAAGAGGAGACCGCUGAUUGGGACUGGUGGCUAUUCUCCCAACACUCCCUACAGGGGCGCCACGCCCUCGUCCCGGAAAUAGGGCGGACCUUCCACGCUGGGGCGGCCGGCGCCCACGUCACAGGCUGGGCGCAGGAACAUAUGUUCAGUCACAUGAUAUACAAUCACGACCCAAAUGUUAAGCUCAAAGGACUGGAGGACUUGACACUGGAGCGGUACGAGGCCAAGUUCAAGCGUGAGAUACUGGAGGCUGAGGACUUGAAGGAUGUCCUCCACCCUUGCUCACGUCCCUUCCUUCCUCAGGACAAGGCUGGACCCUUCAGACUGUUCGUGUUGUCGGAGACCCAGAGCGACGAGUAUGACUCUUAUUAUAUCAUGCAGAUUUGCCUUCACGGCUACAGUGACGACAGCAGAGAGAAAUACAACGGUGUGGUUCGUUUUAAUCUAGAAGGUCGUGUUCUCUACAUAAUUGGUUGUCCGGCCUCCCCUUACUGCACGCUGUUCCCUGAAGGCAUAGCAAUCAUCAAGCCGAGUCCUGAACUUGUACAGUCAGCUGAGGACGACCUGCUCAAGUGGCAGACGCGGAACUAUCCACCAUAUUAUCUUCAGCGCUCCGUCGGGCGCUAUCCCGCCCAAGAGUUUCUGAUGGAGAACCUUGUUUACAACUACUGGAACGGCACUCUAGUGUACAUGUAGCAUCUAUUAUAUUCAAUAGUUCCAGCAACCUGGUGGUAUUUUAUAUAAUAAUAAUAAUAAUAAUAAUA